AUGGUUUUUCCACAGGUUGGUGAUUUUUUUUGGAAUUUUUUGAAAUCUUUGUGGGAAUAGAUUUUUAUAGAUUUUUACAAAUCCUUUUCGAAUUAAAUUUAUUAUAACAAAAUAAAAAACUGUGAUAAUUUAUUUAGAUUUUUGAAUUGGCAGUCCAUAAACUAUUCAGAACCGAAUUAAAAAAAAUCAGUAUCAGAUCUUUCCAAAAAUGUUGAUCAUAGCUAGAUCUAUGAUUAAUUUUUGAAUAAAUUAAAUUCAAAAUAAAAUUAAAAACCCGCAGGUACCGAAAGAUCCACCAAAAGACAAAGAAACUCAAAAAGAAAAAGAAGCACACGCCAAAAGAUUACACAGUCAAGCUAAUAUCCAUCAACAUGUUCAACACGGACAACAUUCUCAACAGGUAAGUUAUCUUAAAAAACAAAACUGGGUCAAUAAUUCAGGGCCGUGUCACUUCAAUCCAUUAAAUUUACAGCCGGUGCUCGUUUCCCCUUUAGUCGUUUCUCAUUAUGCUCAAAAUGUAUGUACAGAGCUGCAACUUGGUCUGGCUCCACCAACAUCCGGUGGAGGUGGUUUUUUUGCAUCGGUAUGUCUUUAAUGCUUACGCUUCAUCAAAUGUUUUGAAUACCUGAACACUUCCUUUUUUCACUAGAAUAUUGUUUUGGCUAACUCAAAAUAAUACAUAUAUAUGCUCUUUUUUUUGUUGCUCCACUCACUCGAUUCAUCAAAGCAACCAACCCUAUCCUAUUUUGACCUUGGACCUCCGCCAAGAACAAAAAAAAAAAGAAUAUUUUUUGUGCAGUGUUUCAAAUAACGCAAAACUUGACUUAAUUUUAUGUGGUUUUGGUUCAAGCCCACAUAUAUUUCUAUCCGUUUUUUUUUUAUUUUUCCAUAAUUCAAUUACUUUGCUUGUUUUCUUAUUCCAACUGAGACCACUAACAAAAAUUAUUGUUUUUUUUUUCUGGUUAUGUUUUUCUAGAUUGACCUUUUAAAAAAAUAUUCUUAAUUUUUGAAAGAUUCUUUUGAGGAUUCUCAAUUCCAAAAUUUGAGAUUUUCAAAAAAAAAUGUUUCCGAUUCCGGAAAACGUGGAGAAGUCGCGAACUUUUUUUUGGAAAUACUGUGAAAUUUUUUGACUCGAAAUAUUUUCCAAAUGAAAAAAAAAUCAUUUUCCGAAACUGAAUAUGAAAAAAAAAAGUUUUUUUUCGAUCGGACAACUGUUGAACUUUGAAGUCCUGUAACUUUCAGUUUUAGAAUUUUUUUAAAAAUGGAAAUCUAAAUUCUAAAAUUAUCAAAUUCUGUAAAUUUUUGAUUCUUUGAUCAUUUUCUGAAUCAUGCGACAAAAAAUGAAACAUCCGAUUCCUGAUAUCUAAUUUCAGACAACAUUUCCGAACAUCAUUCUCUUUGAAACCUCAACAUUUUUCAUUUUCAUUUUUCUAAUUUUUUCGAACCCUGACCUCAACUAAUCCCAUUUCAAUCAUUUGAAAACUUCGAAUCCUGACAGUAAUUUUUCAUGCCUAAUCCUGCUCUUCAAAAAGUUCACCAUAUUUUUUGUUUUGAACUAAAAAAAGAACACCUUUGACAUGUCAACAUAUUCCCUCAUCAUUUUCCUUCAAACAGUUGCACUUUUUCCCAAACCCAUGUGUUUUUUGUUAUGUAUGUAUGUUCUGAAAUUUGAGAAAAAUCGGAAUCUCGUUUCAUUUCUCCAUAAGGUUUCAUUCCAUCAUUAUUUCUCAUAUGUUUUUUUUAUAAAUUCAAUCAAAGAAAAGCAAAAAAUAGCCACCUCGCAUAUGUUAAAUGAAAAAAUUCAACAAAAAACAAUGAUGACCCACAUUAAAUUUGAUGAGCCUUGAAAUAUAUAUUUUCUCAUAGUGAACAGCUUGUAGAUUAAUUUGAUUUUUUAUUUUUUGCCUAUGAGAUGAAAUAAACAAAAAACAACAAUUUCUGCGGGAAAAUACAUAACUUUUCUCAUUUUUUUUCAGGGUCUUUUUCGAACACGUCAACCAAGUAGGCCUCGAGCCUAUUCGAUGCUUCCAUUGACAAAUUCAACAAGUCAAGAAGAAGUUUUUCAAGAUUCAGGGGUCAGUGUUUGUCAAUUCUUUGGAAUUUUUUCUAGAUAUUUUUUUUUCAGCAAAAAUCUCAAAAUUCACUUAACCCCAAAAAACAUAGCAAUCGAUCAUACAAACAACGAUAUUACCCAUUAUCCCAAGAAGAUACGUUGGAACUUCUACUUCUACUAAAUCAGGGUCAGUGUUUUGUUGAAUGGGAGGGGUUUUUUAGUUUGGUUUCAAGUGGAUUUACUAUAAACUAAAUGGAGUGCAACACUUACUCAUUAUGUUAUUUUUUCUUAUUUUAUUUUAUUAUUAUCAAAAGUGCUUUAUGUUGAUGAUUGGUUUUUAUUCUAUUUUCUUGUUGUUUUUGUUGCCGAGGACAAUUUUUUGGAAUUUUGGGAUUUUUUGGGGAUUUUUUCAUGUUGAAAUGUGAUUAUGCUUUCAUAGCUAAGAUUUCUGGAUCUUUUGAAUUUAAUUGUAAAAUAAUUCAGGAAUCAAAAUUUUAAGGUCAUUCACAAAUUAAAAAAAAACUUAUCCGGUGCUGAAUUUUAUUUUUUAAAACACCUACAGAAUUUAGAACUUCUAGACUUCAGCAUUUUUCUCAUUUCUUCAUUUUUUUUGAACUCUUGCUCCCAAAUGUUCCAAAUAAUAUGUUAUGUUAUUCUUUUUGCAAGAAAAGAUCAUAUUUUCUCUUAUUAUAUACUUUUGCUCUUCUUUUUCUUGAAAAAAAAGAAGAACAAGCAAAAAGAAAAUGAAAAUGUCGAAAAAAAAGGAAAAUGUUGAUUUUUUGGUGAGAAUGUCAGUGUUUAUCGCAAGCGAUGUCGACAUUAUGCGACGAGUGGCAACAGCAACGCGUGGCGUCUGUCCGCCACCACCAACACCAACACAACGUCUGCAUCAUCGUCGUAGUCGUGAAAAUCAUCGGCAUUAUUCUCGAUCUGUGUGCGAACAACUUUUCGACUCGUCAAUUUGUUCGAUGGCACCGAUUAAUGUUAGUCGAAGUCAUCAUCAAUCAAUUAAUCGCAGAUAUUCGACAUUGGUCAGUGUUUCGGAACGAGUUGUGCUCAGAGCUGGUUUGUUUUGCUUUUGUUUUGUUUAUUUAUUUUCGAAAAAAAAAGAAGAAACUAUUAUUAACAACUUUUUGGUAGUACAUGGAUUUUUCUGUUGAAAAAUUUUAUAAGGUUUUGAAAUCAAACCAAAAUUUCAAAGUGUUAUCUAAUUAUCACUAAUCAAGUAUUUUUGAAUAGGAAUAAUUUUCUGGUUCACAAAAUUCUAUGGUUUUAUGAGACCAUGCUGUUUUUUAAAAUCUGAAAUGAACUCUUAUCACUUAUCAUGAACAUUAUUUUGUUGAAAAUUUCUGAAUUCAUUUUAAAUUUUUUUUAGUUUUUCCAAAGUGCCCUUGGGUUUGUUAUAUUUAUUUGAUUCAUGUGUUUUUUUUUCAAUUUUUUAAAAUAAUUUUUCCGUUGACCAAAAUAUUUCAAUUUAUUUGUUGUGAACGUCUACUUGCCUUCAACUUCACAAAAAAUCAGAAUCACACUUUUUUUUCUGAAAAUCAGUUGUCAGACUGCUAUAACUAUUUGAAAAAUUUCAACUAUGAGAUUGAAUUCUUACCACAUCUCAGAAAUCAGGAUUGAUUCGUACUGUCGAACACUCGAGAAAAAAUUGGAAUAUCUUUUUAUAUUCAUUUUUAUAUCCUCUCUCUCUUUCUCUGUUUCAAAAAACCCCAUAUACAUAUAUAAGAAACAAUUUUCGAACUCACAUCAAAACUAUCAAAUUUCACCUUCCGAAAAUCAUUGAUCUCUAAAAAGCCAAUUUAUUAUUAAUUGUCACCGGAAAAAAGUUGACCACUUACCAACCGCCAAAAGAAAAACACACACACAAAACUAAACCUUUUUCUCCAUUGGAACUAAUCCUUCCUGGGUUGAGGGUUUUUUUUUCCCAACACACCGCCAUUUUUUGCCGUGUGUGUGCUUUUUCUAUUGCCAUACUUGCAAUUUGGCCCGUCUAUUAUUACUAUUUUCGAAUCCGGUUAAAAUUCGCAACGGGAGAUUUUUCUUCAACGUUUGCUCUUUUUUUCCGGCUUGGCACUUUUAGUCAGUGCAGUCUAGUUGAAGGCGAAUGUGUUUUCUCAUUAAGGUGAGCUAUUUUUUUUUUGUAAGAUUGUGGGACAAAACUGAAUGUGAGAUUUUUUCUGAAACCGGCUGAAAAUUUUGAAAUCGUAAGCUUCUGAAAAAACAAGUUCAUUUCUGGACUUCUUUUUUGAAACAUCAUUACUGUAUUUUUUUUUAAAGUUUGAUACUGAGAGGAACUUAAGUUUUCAAUCAAUAAAAUCCUAAAUUUUUGCAAAAAAAAACGGAGUUCGACUUCUUUCAAAAAACUUUUGCAAAUAAAAAACCUGUUCCAUGAAUCUGAAGCCCACAAUUCCUAAAUUUCCUUAGCCGGUUUUCAAGAAAAACUCUUGUUAGAACAUCGGGUUGCUGCAGAAAUGUAUUUAUAUAAACAAAGUCCUUAUUCAUCCACUUUUAGUUUUUUUCUGCAAUUUUUUGUGGGUGGCACAACAUUCAUAACUAUGUAUGCCAAAAAAAAGGAGAAAAAAAAGAAUAAGUAAGUAAGUGGUCGAGAGUUUUGAAUUAGUAGAAAGAGGACAGCCAGCAGCAUCCGAAUUGAAUACACAAUUGAUUCUAGUGCCAAAUCAUUCAGCCGAAUAAUAUUCAUAAUUUCUCUUGUUUCUCCUUUUCUUUUUUGCAUUCACCGGUCAAAACUUUUCUUUCGUUUUCUUAUGGCACCAAUAAAUAUUCGAAGAAAUUCAAAUUCUAAAACUAAAACUAAUAAAAUUGGACGACAGAAAAAACAAAACAAGCAGCAACCUGAUGUAAGAUCUUAUUUAUUGUUUGACAACCCAACCAUUAAUUAAUUCAUUAAAGUCAACUGUAUUCGUCUCAUGGGCUUUGAGAAGUGUGCGAGAGUCAUUGAUUCAAGUCGAUCCUUUGGCUGCUGCCUUGGCUCAUCAGGCAAGAAAAGCCAAUUCGACAGUUCCCUCAGUAUCUCGGACUCCGCUCCUUCUUCAGUUCACACCUUUCGGACCUCCACCAGGUGCAUGUGAGUUUUCAGACGAUUUGGUUAUUGUGUUGUUAGGAGUGUGACAGUUUGUGAAAUUUCAAUAACAUAUAAUUUCAUAGAAUAUCUUAAUUUGUGCAUAUUGAUCUUCGAAACUUUUUUGUACCGUGUUUUUAGAUUUGAUGAAGGGCAAAAUAUUUUUUCUGAGAAUAUUAAAAAAAAAUUAAAAAAUUGGAAUAAACCAAAAAUUCUUCGAUAUUAGCCACGUUUGAUAAAAUUUUCUGAUUUUCAAACGAUGCUUGAAGUGAAUCUGAUUCAUAAAUAAUUUUCCGCGAAAAAUUUAUUUCAAAAUUGAAAAUCUUAUGAUACAAUUUUUACGUUUCAUAUGAGUAAAAAUCAAUCGAUACAUAAAUAACUGUAAUUCAUUACUGUAGUUAUGUAAUGACUUGAUAAUAAUUUUUGUUGAAGAUUUUUUUUCCUGAAAACCUCCAAGAAUUAAUAAAUACGAAAAUUCUCCCCUACUUUUGCCAAUAUCAAUUAUUUAAAGUUCUAUCCUUUUUAUCUCCAUUCGUGUUCAAUAUCUCACCCCCAGUAUCUUCCACCAAGAAAAAAAACCAUCAGUUUCAAAAAAAAAACUAACAACUCCCUGGUGAUAUGAUAAAUGUUGAUAGUUGAUGUGUAAAAUGUUUUGUUUCCAACCACUUCCUUCAACUCUUUUUGUGCCUCAAAUCCACUCACUAAGUCAAGAAUAUUAUGAAGAGAAUGCACAUUUGAGCAACAACGAUCGUCGAGGGAGUUAUAAGAAGAAGAAGAAGAAGAAGUUGGUUGAGAUGAAGAAGUUAGAAAAAAGAAGGUCAGAAGAGAUCUAAACACAAAACAAAACAAGAAAAAAAGAGAGAAGAAAGCAACAUCAUAAACGAGCCAAAAUGUGGCAUUACUCGAAUACUUAUAUUCACACUUUUUCACAUUUAUCAAUCGCAUAGCCCUCAAAAAAAAACCCGAAGAACUAGAGAGAUACAUAGAGAGAAAAGAAAGCCGAUUGGUGGUUAUUUUUGAGCGGUUUUGUCUUUGGCGCGAUUUUUGAAAAACUCAUCAUUCUUAACGACAUCAUCUACUACAAAUUUGAAUUAAGAAGCUCAAAAUGCUGCAAUCAGUUAGUGCUCACCUUAUGGAUGAACGUCGAAGUUCAUAUCGACGAAGAAGCACAUUUGUACCAUCAAUCGAUUCUCCCCAUCAUUCUCAUUCACAUCAUAAUUUUCUAAUUCCUCCACCAACUGUUAACUGGGUAGGCACCCAAAUCAUUGCGGAUUUUCACCCCGUUACUAUUGAUCCUGCUGAAAAUCCAAUUGGUUGGGCGAUUUUCAACCCGUUGCCUAUAAAAGCACCAGCACUUCGACCAAGACUUCGACAAAUUCAAGUGACACCUGGUGAGUUUUUAGGGGGUUGACUAUUUUUGUUUUGUUUUAAAAAUUCAGUUAGCAGAAAAAUAUGAUUAGCCUGCAAAUUUUUUUCAAAUCUGAUAAAAAUCUUGAAAGUUUCUUAAUAUUUUGUUUUGAUCUACUGUUUUUCUUAAAAAUUGAUCUACCAGGAAUUUUGUAUUGUGAUCUACCUAUUGAUUAG